GUGUCGUGGAUACGGAAGCGGGAUCUGCACAUCCUCACCAACACCAUCUUCACGUACACGGGGGACGGCCGGUUCGCCGUCGUGCACCCGGAGGGCUCGGACGACUGGGACCUCAAGAUCGAGUUCGUCCAGCUGAGAGACGGCGGCAUCUACGAGUGCCAGGUCAACACGGAGCCCAAGAUCAACCACGCCAUCAUGCUCUCCGUCGAGGGUAAGUGUGUUGCGGCGAUGGCGCUCGUCUUAGUGAGUGUGUGUGCGUGUGUCUGUUUGUAAACCAACACGAGA